GGAAAAGUUUAGAGAGAGACAUGGGAAAGAGAACAGGGCGCCACACCAGGAGUAGAGAGGGUUAGGCCAAAUAAAGGGGGAAGGUUGAUGGAAGGAGAAAAGGUGGCAGCAGCAGCAAUCGAUGGGGGCGAUGAUGGCGGUCUUGGUGGAAGCAAGCAGGAGCUCCUGGGCUCCAAGCUAAGGAGAGGGAUAUCAGCCGGGAAAAAGGUUGGCUUCUCCACCUCGGUCCCCACUUGGGUGCUGGAACCCAAUAAGAACAAAGCCCUGCCCUCGGCAUUGGGAAUCUCCUCCACUGCUGCUGUCUCUGCUAGAAAGCUUGGGGCCAGUCUCUGGGAGAUGCAGGACCUCCUGCCUCCUUCGAAGAUGAGCCGAAGAGGUGGAAGGCUCCGCCUUGGAAACAACGGCGAGCCCCUCGACCUCCCUGAUUCCUCGGAACAACCCUCUCCCAUUCGACUUCGGAGCGCCGGCAGUUUAAGGAGACAUGUUGUGGCCUCAUUGAUUCAGCACCAGAAGCUGAUUGAAACAAAUAAUCAUGAUCUAGAAGCUGUGUCCCCUGCAAGUGCAAGUUAUAGUAGCUCAGUGGAGGUGCUCUCAUGGAACCAGGUCAUCACUCCUAGCAGUUCCACAAAUUGCAGAGGAAGGAUUGGAGAGUCAGGAUAUAACCUUAAGGCAUCGACAGAAUUAGUGAAAGUAUUGAAUCGAAUCUGGAGCCUGGAAGAACAGCACGCAUCUAGUGUAUCAUUGGUCAAAGCACUGAAGGUGGAGCUGGGUCAUGCACAAUCACGUAUUCAGGAACUGAUGCAAGAACAGCAAGCUUGUCGCCAUGAAAUGGAUGAUCUGAUGAAGCAAGUUGCAGAGGACAAACUAAUUAGAAAGAACAGGGAACAAGAAAGGAUUAAAGCAGCAGUCCAGUCCAUAAAGGAAGAGCUUGAAAAUGAGAAGAAGAUAAGAAGACGCUCGGAGAGUCUACACCGCAAAUUGGGUAAAGAACUAAAUGAAGCAAAGCCAGCAUUUUCUAAAGCUCUGAAAGAUCUCGAAAGAGAAAGAAAAAGAUGUGGUUUGCUUGAGGACCUCUGCGAUGAGUUUGCAAAGGGAAUAGGAAAUUAUGAACAAGAGGUACGAGAAUUGAAACAAAAAUCAACACGAGACAAUGAUAACAGAUUUGACUGGUUGGUACUUCAUAUUUCCGAAGCAUGGCUGGAUGAGCGGUUGCAGAUGAAGACUGCAGAAGCACAGGGGGAUCUGGCAGCAAAAAACACAAUAAUUGAGAGGCUGAGUAGCGAAAUAGAAUCUUUUCUUCAGAUCAGAAGAUCCAAUAGUUCGAAGAAUGGUAUAGCGUAUCAUGCAGAUGCCAGGAAAAAUGGUAGUUUGCGGCGCCAUUCCCUAGAAUCUGUCCACUUAAAUGGAGCCACCAGUGCACCUCAAGAUGCUGAAGAUGAUGAUUCUGUGGCCAGUGACUUGCUGUGCUUUGAGCUGAACAUGAAUGUAAACGACAGCCCAAUUCAUGGCCCAAUUAAAUUGCAUGGUGAAAAUGAAACAGAUAAAUCAGAAGAAAAAAGGAAAUCUAAUUCUACAAAUGAGAAGAUAAAAUAUUCUGAUCAUGAUGUAUCCAGUAUGCAAGUACAAUUUGUGGAACAGACUGAUGGGACCAGUUUAUGUAAUGGAAACCCAGUGCAUGUUGAUGAUAGCUCAAAUGAGAUUCACUUGCCUGCUCAUACUGAUGCUGAAUCCAGAUGCACGGAAGUGAAUCGAGGCAAACCUGCUACAACCCAGAAUUCUGAAAUCUGUCAAGCUCAAGAUGGUGAUCAAAACUUAAAGGGGAAGUUGGACAAACAGCAUGAAUCUGAUCAGCUAACUGGUAACUUAAUGAAAAACCAAGCGGAUUUUCCUAGAGGCACAAAGUUUAAUCCUCAUAGGAAUAUCAGGAAGUCUUGCAAUCACUCUUCAUUGCAACGUCAUUUUUUUCCAGUAGGUGGGGAUGAUUCCUCAGGUGAUUUCUGCAGUAUAUCUAGUCCAGUGCAGCAGUGGAAUUAUCAACCGGUAUUUGCUGACCUCAAAAUAUCAGAGUUUUCGUCCAAACUACCACAGUUGGCUCAAGUGAACACAUUGAAGGCAAAACUACUUGAAGCAAGAUUGGAGGGAAGGCACGCUCGCCUCAAAUCUUCAAAAGGAUCCUCAAAUGGAAUAUAUAACUAAAAGGAAUAAGUAGUUGCAGCUACAUUGAUCAAGAUGCCAGUUUGGCUUUGGAUACCUCGUUGUUCAAAUAUUGCGAAUGAUACAUUCUGAGCAGGAAACAUCAUCUCAGUUUCCUCUCUGUGGGACUCGCUAUGUAACUUUGGAAUUUCUCCUGUUCACCAGGAGUUAAGAUUUUUCUGCAAUGAUUACAUAAUUCUGUAGCCUGCAAUCACUAGCUUGAUUGUUUCGAUUUGGUUGUAUUUCUUUAUCUUUAAGAAGAUAUAAUCUGUGAUCAGCAUGUUAUUCAA